CAAAUAGAAUAAUAUAGGAUAAUAAGAAAUCUGUAUUGAUGUAUUGUGCAUCAAGUUAUGUUGAAGUAAGCUGACAUAAGUUCAAAUCAAGUUCAACCUGUUAUAUAAUUAUCCUCGUAAAAGAUCUAGGGAGACAAGAUGGCGUCUGCUCCUGAACAUCAUUUAGAAGAAGUGAAAGAGCUGGACAAUGAAAAACCAAAUAGGUCUGAAAGUGAAAGGGAGAAGGCAGAAUCGGUGGAUGAGUCCCUGCAGAUGAUCAGCCCUUCUCACACCGUCAGUGUGGAUCUGAAUGCUGGAACGGGUGCAACUCUAAUUUCCCCGGUUCUUUCUGGAAAUAUCAUCAAAGGUUCAGUAAACAUCAGCUUACACGCUGGUGUCAAUGAAUUUUCACCCCAUCCACGCAAAGGACAGACGUCCCAGAAAGAAGAUGAUGACUUCUUGCAAGAAGUCCUCAAAAAACACAAGGAAAGCAUGAAGACCAGUGCACGUGUGUUUGAGGGAAAGAAAGACAACAAAACAGACAUCAAUAAAGUGUACACCAAGCUGUUCAUCACCGAAGGGGACAUGAAAGAUGUCUGCAAAGAACACGAGGUUCAGAAGUUUGACCUAGCCUUGCAGAUGCCCAGAUUUGAGGACAAACCAAUCGACUGUAAUGAAAUAUUCAAUUUAUUGAGGGAGAAGGACGCGGAAAACAUUGUUCUGACCAAAGGCAUCGCCGGCAUUGGAAAGACAUUCUCCGUGCACAAGUUCAUCCUGGACUGGGCUGAUGGAAGAGCCAAUCCGGAUGUGGACUGUAUGUUUCUGCUUCCAUUCCGAGAGAUUAACCUGAUGAUAAAAGAAGGAGACUUUAGUCUUCAUGAGCUUCUGCUGGAAUUUUACCCUGACAUCACUGACGUGGAAAACACAAAGUUUUAUGAAAAAUGCAAACUGGCGUUCAUUUUUGAUGGGCUUGAUGAGAGUCGCCUGGAUUUGGACUUUAGCCUCAGAUCAGUGAACCGUGUCCAUUCGCGCGCAUCUAUCGAUGCUUUAUUUACAAGCCUCAUCAAAGGAAAGCUGCUUCGUUCAUCUUUCAUCUGGGUGACUUCACGUCCCACAGCUGCCAAUCUGAUCCCUCCUGAACACGUAGGGUUAUUCACUGAGGUGCGCGGAUUCACUGACAAGCAGAAGGAAGAGUACUUCAGAAAAAAGAUCCCAGAUAAAGAUCAAGCCUCCAGGAUAAUCACCCACAUCCGGACGUCCCGCAGUCUCUACAUCAUGUGCCACAUUCCCGUGUUCUGCUGGAUCACCGCCACCGUUCUGCAGGAUAUUCUCCAGAAGAACAACAGGGAGGACAUUCCCUCCACCCUCACUGAGAUGUACGUCCACUUUCUCCUGAUACAGAUGAACAUCAAGAACCAGAAGUAUGAGGAAAAACCUGUACGGGAUCGUACAGUGCUUUUGAGCUCAAACAGAGACAUGAUUUCUAAGUUGGCCAAACUGGCAUUCGAACAGCUGAAGAAAGAGAACGUCAUGUUCUACCGGGAGGACCUGGAAGCAUGCGGCAUUAACGCCGACGAAGAGUCCACAGGACUGUGCACUGAGAUCUUCAAGAAAGACUCUGUUCUGCAUGAGAUGAAGGUUUAUUAUUUCAUACACUUGAGUGUGCAGGAGUUCCUUGCUGCACUGCAUGUGUUUCUUUGCUACUUGGAGCUGGAAAAAGACAUGAACUGGACUGUUAGUGACCUGAUGUUCUUCCUGGAGGAUUCACGUCCUAAACAGAAGGAGCUGUUGUACGUUCUGCUGAAGAAGGCGAUCGAUAAAUCGGAGAAGAGCGAUCGAGGGCAUUUUGAUCUCUUCCUGCGGUUCCUGCUGGGCAUUUCUCUUGAGUCCAAUCAGAAGCUACUCAUCGGCAUCCUGGACGAAACAAAGAACAGUAAACAAAGCAUCAGUAAAACAGUUCAGUACCUCAAGCAAUUGCAAAACAAUGACAAAUGCCCUGAUAAAUCUAUCAACCACUUCUUCUGCAUCCUGGAACUGCAGGACAGAACUCUGUACCAACAAAUCAUGAAUUAUCUGAGGUCAAAGACUGGUCAGCUGAAAGUCGUGUCCAGAUCAAACUGCUCAGCGCUGGUGUAUGUGCUUCUGAUGUCAGAGGAAGUGCUGGACGAAUUCAACCCAAAAUUGUUCAACAAAACAUAUGCGGGAUGCAGGAGUCUCGUGCCAGCCGUGAGAUGCAGCAGAAAGGCCCUGUUUUCAGACUGUGGACUGACAGAAACAUGCUUUGAAACAGUAGCUUUGGCUUUACAGCUGGAGAACUGUCCUCUGGUUGAGCUGGACCUGAGCUACAACUACAGUCUGGAGGCGGGAGUGAACGUGAUUUGUGCUGGACUCAAGAGCCCACACUGUCACCUGGAGAUCCUCAGGUUGGCCGGGUGUCAUUUAGGGCAGGACAGCUGUAUGCAGGUGGUCUCUGCGCUUCAGAGUAUCUCACAUCAUCUAAAAGAGCUCGACCUCAGCAGAAAUGAUCUGCAGGACUCAGGACUCCAAAAGCUCCUACAAGGGAUGGAGAAUACAGAGAACAGACUUCAAUGCUUAAGGUUCAUUUUGAAAUGAUGCAGGUUGAGCUGGUGUAACCUCACUGAAAUGAGCUGUCAGCAGCUUUCCACGAUUUUGAGCUCCGAUUCGGUCUUGAGAGAGCUGGACCUGAGUAACAAUGACCUGCGGGAUUCAGGAGUGAAGCUGCUCUCUGAUGGACUGAAGAGUCCAAACUGUCAGCUGGAGAUACUGAGGUUGUCUGGCUGUAUGGUGACAGAGGAAGGCUGUGGUUUUGUGUCUUCAGCUCUGAGUUUAAACCCCUCACACCUGAGAGAGCUGGAUCUGAGCUACAAUCACCCAGGACAAUCAGGAGUCCAGCUGCUCCAACACACACUGGAGGAUCCUCAAUAUACACUGGAGAAACUCAAAACUUUUUCUAUGGGUGACCACUUCAUCAAAUCUGGGAUAAUAAAGUAUGCGUUCGAUAUCACUCUGGAUCCAAACACAGCUCACGUUCAUCUGUUUCUCUCUGACGGAGACAGAAAGGUGAUGCUAAAAGAGAAACAGCCGUAUCCCGAUCAUCCAGAGCGAUUUGAAGAGGACCAUCAAGUGCUGUCCAGAGAGAUUCUGUCUGGACGCUGUUACUGGGAGACUGAAUGGACGGGUCAGGAAGGGACGGUCGGUGUAACAUAUGAAAGCAUCCCGAGGAAACCUGAUGAUCUUUUGUCGGGCAGGUGCAUGCUUGGAAACAACAUCAUGUCAUGGAAGAUUACGUGUGGAAGUCGCACACAUGUUUCUCACGCUGAAGAAGAUAUUAAUGUGAAAUCUCCAUCCUCUGGCUCAUGUAAAAGAGUGGGUGUGUAUGUGGACACAACCGCUGGUGUUUUGUCCUUUUACCACGUCUCUGACACACUCACACACUUGUACACCUUCCUCACGCCUUUCACACAGCCUCUCUAUGCAGCAUUCAGAGUGGAUGGAGAAUCUGUGUCUGUCUGUCAGAUACCGUAAACAGAGUCUUUUAAAUCCGAAGUCCCCCUUAAGAAAAAAUACUAUAGUAACUUAUAGUAAACACUGCAGUGUUUUUGAGUCACACUAGAGUACUUAAUUUUUUUUGUGGUGAUUCUACAGUUGCUAUGGUAACACAGCAACUAUAGUGAUUGAUUUGUUGUGCGAUUCCACAGUUGCUAUGGUAACACAGCAACUAUAUUAAUUGUUCUGUUGUGGUCAUUCUACAGUUGCUAUGGUAACACAGCGACUACAGUAAUUGAUCUAUUGUGGCGAUUCCACAGUUGCUAUGUUAACACGGCGACUACAGUAAUUGAUCUGUUGUGGUGAUUUUAAAGUUGCUAUGGUAACACAGCAACUAAUGUAAUUGAUCUGUUGUGAUGAUUUAACAGUUGCUAUGUUAACACAACGACUACAGUAAUUGAUCUGUUGUAGUGAUUCUACAGUUGCUAUGGUAACACAGCAACUAAUGUAAUUGAUAUUUUGUGGAGAUUCGACGGUUGCUGUGGUAACACAGCGACUAAUGUAAUUGAUUUGUUGUGAUGAUUAUACAGUUGCUAUGGUAACACAGCGACUACAGUAAUUGAUCUGUUGUGGGGAUUCAACGGUUGCUAUGGUAACACAGAGACUACAGUAAUUGAUCUGUUGUGGCGAAUUCAUAGUUGCUAUGGUAACAGCGACUACAGUAAUUGAUCUGUUGUGGUGAUUCCACAGUUGCUAUGGUAACAGAAAAUAUAUUAAUUGAUCUGUUGUGGUGAUUAUAUAGUUGCUAUGGUAACACAGUGACUACAGUAAUUGAUCUGUUGUGGUGAUUCCACAGUUGCUGUGGUAACACUGGAACUAAAGUAAUAUAAACAAAUGA